UAAUUUUUCUUUGUCAACAAAGCUGAAAGCAACAGCAAAUGACUGUGUAAUAUUCUUACAACAAAAAGUUGAAGAACAGAUACGCAUGGAAUCAAAUAUACAGUAACUUAUUGAAGAAGAUUCAAGUUUAUUCUUUCAAUUAGUAACUUUUUUCUGCAGGGUUUGUAGAGGCACUUGAUUCUGCUUGAAAUGGCAGGCAGCAACAUAAAGCAGCCCUUAUUAGAUCGGCUGCCUAAAACCCUUCAAAAUGUUGAUCCAAGGAGAAGAAGACUUCGCCGACAUAAAAGUGCUCCUAUGGCCGAAUAUGUUCCUGGAGAAAUGAAUGACACAAAGGACGACCAAUCCCUCCCACGUUAUGAGACAAUAUUGGAUAAACUCCAUCCUAGUUUUAGGAAAGUCAUUCUUUACUUGGUUAUAUAUGUGACUGUUGGUACCUUGUGCUUUUACUUUGUUCAGGACCAAAUCGGGGGAAAGAAAGUAAAUGGGGUACUCGAUUCUAUUUACUUCUGUGUUGUGACAAUGACCACUGUUGGAUACGGAGACCUCGUGCCUGACAGCGCAACUACUAAACUGCUUGCUUCUUUCUUUGUUUUCUCUGGGAUGGCAUUUGUUGGAAUGGUUCUAAGCAAAGGAGCAGACUAUUUAGUGGAGAAACAGGAAACAUUAUUAAUCAAAGCAAUGCAUAUGCGUGAUAAAGCCGGUCCGAGUGAAAUUCUAGAGGAAUUCGAAACCAACAAAGUAAGGUACAAGUGCAUUGUUAUAACGGCCUCUCUUGUGGUGCUAAUGGUUGUUGGAACGGUGUUUCUUGCGAAGGUAGAAAAGUUAAGUACCAUUGAUGCGUUUUAUUGUGUCUGUUCUACCAUCACAACGCUAGGAUAUGGAGACAAAAGCUUCUCAACUGAAGCGGGGCGUAUUUUUGCUAUAUUCUGGAUCUUGACCAGCACCGUAUGUGUGGCUCAGUUCUUCCUUUAUGUUGCUGAAUUUUACUCGGAAAGGAGACAGAGGGAGCUGGUGAAAUGGGUUCUUACAAGAAGGAUGACAAAUGUGGACUUGGAAGAAGCUGAUCUUGAUAAUGAUGGGGUUGUAGGGGCUGCUGAAUUUGUGGUUUAUAAACUUAAGGAGAUGGGGAAGAUCAACCAAGAAGACGUAUCACUUUUGUUAGACGAGUUUGAAAGUCUUGAUGUCGAUCAGUCUGGUACUUUGUCAAACACAGAUUUGAUACUUGCCCAAUCAUCUUGAAGGGGAAGGUGAUCGCGAUACUACCUUAUAUUCCAUGAGCUUCUGUGAGUUUUUCUGGGGCCAGCAUGUUCUUUACUACACUUGAAGAGUCUGCAUUUGAGUCCGGAACGCUAUUUCCUUGUGUCAUUGAGUGUGAUCGCUAUUGCAGUCAUUUCUGCCUAAUUUAGCACACGAGUCAUUUUCACUCUGUCCACUUCAUAAAAUGCAGCAUGCACAUGCAGUGGUAAUAAAAGUAAAAAGUAUAGUUAUUGUGGUUUUGCUGGUGGAGUGGUGGACUAGGGUUUCUCUUGAAAUUUUGUUACAGAAACUGCGAGCGCCUUUUUUUGGUGGAACUUGUAAACCACUGAGCCAUUUGAUGUUCAAUAUACAAGUGAUGUUGAUUUACCAAUUUGAGAUAUGUUGUAGCAUAUUCCCUCAUCUGUAGAAAGGAACAUAUUAUAUGAACUACUCUGGAUCAGAUUUCUGAAAUAUAUGUGUGGCUUUGUGAUAUGAGUUA